UUCAUUUAAGAGGGAACUUCUGAUAUUCUCUACCAAUGGCAUACUCUCGGCAAUCCUCCUGGCUAGGAGGAUGGUCAAAUACUGGAUAUAUUCCAGUAUUUGUUUUUCUGCUGCUAGCAACCCUUCAUUCUUCUUACUCGGCCAAUAAUGAUUACUAUGUGGACGUCGUUCGUGAAUCUCCUUCAACCCUCUCUGACAGCACGUUACGUCACAUCAUGCAACUGGUGACUUUAGGUACAGGAUUAAGCGUACCUCCGCCUAUAAAUUUGAGAUAUAGGGAAAAGUCCCUGAAGAGGGCGCGAGUAAGCGCUCCUCAUCCUCGUCGCACUUCUGAGCAGCAGAGCAUAGGCUCUGAGUUUUUAGGCAAAAGAGCUUCCCCAGAACUCGAGAAAAAGAUGGGAUCCGAAUUUCUUGGCAAAAGAAUGGGGUCGGAAUUUCUGGGCAAAAGGGCAUCAGAUGAUAUAGAUAAAAGAAUGGGAUCCGAAUUCCUUGGAAAAAGAAUGGGCUCAGAGUUCUUGGGGAAAAGAAUGGGCUCUGAAUUUCUGGGCAAAAGAAUGGGAUCGGAGUUCUUGGGAAAGAGAAUGGGAUCUGAGUUUUUAGGCAAAAGAAUGGGCUCAGAAUUUUUAGGCAAAAGAUCAGACGAAUAUGAGCAAGACAGUGCUGAAGAUAUCCCUCUUAAAAGAAUGGGAUCAGAAUUUUUAGGAAAAAGAUCAAGAAACGGAGGCGAUGGUGAGGCAGAGUUUGAGCACACGAGCUCCAACUCUUUGGGCAACAUCUCUCAUGUCUUUGAGACUGAAAAGAGGAUGGGUUCCGAAUUCCUUGGAAGGAAGAAGAGAGACACGAAGACAACACACAGGAGAACAUCUGAAGCGUAGGCGAGGAGGAAGUAUAUUGCUCGAGCAGCCGAAGCUUUCUGUUUUCUGUGUUGUCAAAUCAGAUCCUGAAGAUUCCUUUUCGCCCGAUUGGAUACCUGAACAAACAGACAAGAGACUAUCGGAAUUCCUUGGUGGACCAGGCA